AAGCUGACCGGAUAAAAGGCGUAAAACUCGUCCGGCUCCUCAAUUAUAAAGCUCGCUGCGCCGGCCUCAUCCGUCCGUCCCCCCAACUCGUCACUCUCUACCCCACUCCACAGCGCCGAACAAUGGCGCCGGCGCCCAAGCGGAGGCCGUGCCUGCUUCUCCUCCUCGCCGUCGCGUGCUCGCUGCUGCACGCGUGCUGCACCGCGGCGAGCACGGGCACGCUCGGCAUCCGGCACAAGCCCGCGAGGCAGCACAACAGCACGCGGCACGGAGGAGGAGCUGGACGACGCCCGCGAAGCGGCGCGGGCGGUCCCGGCAGCGGCCUGGCGUCGUGCAACAUGUUCCAGGGCAGCUGGGUGUACGACGACACGCUGCCGCUGUACGACACGGCGGGUUGCUCCUUCGUGGAUCCGGAGUUCGACUGCCAGAAGUACGGCCGCCCCGACAAGCUCUACCUCAAGUACCGGUGGCGCCCCGCCUCCUGCGAGCUCCCAAGGUUCAACGGGCAAGACUUCUUGAGCAGAUGGAAGGGGAAGAAGAUACUGUUCGUGGGGGACUCCAUCAGCCUGAACCAGUGGCAGUCGCUGGCGUGCAUGCUGCGCGCGGCCGCGCCGGCCUCCAAGAUCACCUACACGAAGGGCAACCCCCUUUCCACCGUCACGUUCCAGGACUACGGGGCGUCGGUGGCGUACUACCGGAGCACCUACCUCGUGGACAUCGUCGAGGAAUCCGUCGGCCGGGUGCUCAAACUGGACUCCAUCACCGGCGACGCCUGGCUCGGCGCCGACAUGCUCAUCUUCAACACCUGGCACUGGUGGACGCACACCGGCAGGGACCAACCAUGGGACUUUGUGCAAGACGGAGAGCAGGUCAUAAAGGACAUGGACCGGCUCACGGCCUUCUCCAAGGGGAUGUCCACAUGGGCCAGAUGGGUCGACUCCAACGUCGACACCUCCAGGACCAAGGUCUACUUCCAGGGCAUCUCUCCGACCCACUACAACGGAGCCGAGUGGAGCGAGGGAUCCAGGAGCUGCGCGCAGCAGACGCAGCCGAUCGCGGGGUCGGCAUACCCGGCCGGGCCGGUCCCCGCGCAGAGCGCGGUGAGGGCCGCGCUCAGCGGCAUGUCCAAGCCGGUGUUCCUGCUCGAUAUCACGCUGCUGUCGCAGCUCAGGCGCGACGGGCACCCGUCCUCCUACAGCGGCGGCCACCCGGGCAACGACUGCAGCCACUGGUGCCUCGCUGGCGUGCCCGACACGUGGAACCAAAUCCUGUACGCGUCGCUCCUUGCAUAGGGCCGGGGCAAAACUAAAGAAUAAAUACUAGCUGAUUCGAUCGGCACAAGCUAAGCCAUUUUGAUUUUUUUACGCCCUGUUUCGUAAUGUUGUAUGGGGAGUAUUUAAAUUGGCGAUUCGUUUGUUGUUCAAUUCGAUUUGAUGCAAUAUUAUAGAAUCAUUUUUCUUUGUUCU